CAUAAAAACAUUUUCUAAAAAUGUGCAUAUUCCCCCUAUUAUUAUAAUAUAAAAGUAAUCAAUCGGAAUAUUAUUUUAUUUUAAAAUAUGUAUAAGUAAUGUAAUCUUGGUUUGAUUACAAAAAAAAAAUAUUAUCAAGAAAAUUUACAUAUAAAUUACAGCACAUUUUAUUUAUUGUUUCAACGAUUCCUAUACAAAUUAUGCUUAAGUUAUAACGUCUAAUUAUUUAAAUUUUCAUUUGUCUAUAGAUCUCUCCCUAUAACGGUUGGUGACACAAGAGAUCAUAUAAAUCGACACGUUGAAGCAGUGGGAGUGAGAUUUAAGUUGUUAUCGUGUGGCUUAUCACUUCUUCAAGGAGAUAUUCUUCCACGUUCUAUAGCACGUAAUAUUUUACGAGAGAGGGUGUACAGUGCCUGUCUCGACUAUUUCUGUAGAGGAUUGCAGUGCCCUGCGAAGAACUCUAAUGCGUUAAGAGAAGAUAUAAUAUCCCUUAUCAAGUUUUGGCAGUUGAUGCAUUCCGAUAAGAAGUAUUUGAAAAGCAGUGACAUGGGAGGCGAGUACGAACUGAUGGGGCCAAGCAGUCAACAGAGUAUGUACACGGCUAACUCACCCACCGAUAAUCGUUCCUCAGUGAAUAGUAGUGAUAUCGGCAGCAGACAAACUACCGGAUGGAUAAACACGGUUCCCAUGUCUACGACUACGUUAAGCAGCGGCGCGGGUAGCAUAGCGGGCAAGCGUUCCAACCGCAGCGUUAAACCGCCCAUCAAACCGCCAGACACUUUCGUAAAAGAUUACGUUCGAAAGCGUAACCUUAUAUUGGAAUUAAUGGCUGUGGAAAUAGAGUUCUUAGUCACGUGGCACAAUCCUCACAGUCGAACAGAACAAGCGAUACCAGGAGAAGACAAUAUAGCUACGUGGCGAUCGAAACCCAAUACUGAAAAAACAUGGAGGGAUUAUGCAAAACUGGCCUGGGAUAUUAGCCCGACACUGGCAAUUUUUUUACCAGAGAGGUGAGCUUUGUUCAGAAGUAAAAAAAAUAUUUUGCGUUGAAAAACGGAAGUAUGUAUAAUCGUAAUCCAAUAUUGACUAUAACAAACAUUGAGU